UUUCCUACUUUAGCUGUCUAUAUGUUGAAUCACACAGCCCCGCUGGGUAAAGGAGCUGCUACAUCCGUUUCCCCACAGGAGCCUCUGUCUGGGCAGGGCGAGAUGGAUAACCUAACGACAAGCCCCAGUUACGACAUCGACUACGGCUUAGCAGAACCCUGCCAGAAAAGCGAGGUGAAGGGGAUGGCGGCCCAGCUGCUGCCCCCGCUCUACGCGCUGGUGGUCGCCGUCGGCUUCGUGGGCAACGUCCUGGUCGUGCUCAUCCUCGUCACCUGCAAGCGGCUCAGGAGCAUGACCGACAUCUUCCUGCUCAACCUGGCCGCCUCCGACCUGCUCUUCCUGCUCACGCUGCCCUUCUGGGCUCACUACGCCGCCGCCUCCCAGUGGACCUUCGGGGCCGCGGCCUGCAAACUGCUCACGGGGCUGUACCAGGUCGGCUACUUCGCGGGCAUCUUCUUCAUCAUCCUCCUCACGGUCGACAGGUACCUGGCGAUCGUCCACGCCGUGUUCGCUCUGAAAGCCAGGACGGUCACCUUCGGGGCGGCGCUCAGCGGGCUCACCUGGGUGGUGGCCGCGCUCGCUUCUCUCCCGGGAAUCCUCUUCGCCACAUCGCAGAAAGAAGCUUUCCACUUCACGUGCAGCCCUCGUUACUCGACCGAGCUGUACUACUUCUGGAAGGCCUUCCAGGCCCUGAAGAUGGUCGUGCUGGGGCUGGUGCUGCCGCUGCUGGUCAUGGUCGUGUGCUACUCGGGCAUCCUGCGGACCCUGCUGCGGUGCCGGAACGAGAGGCGCAGGCACAAGGCCGUGAGGCUCAUCUUCGCCAUCAUGAUCGUCUACUUCCUCUUCUGGGCCCCGCACAAUGUCGUGCUCCUCCUGAACACCUUCUCCGCGCCCGUGAACCUGAACAACUGCGACAGCUCCAACAGGCUGGACCGGGCCAUGCAGGUGACGGAGACCCUGGGCAUGACGCACUGCUGCGUGAACCCCGUGAUCUAUGCCUUCGUGGGGGAGAAGUUCCGCAGGUACCUCUCGGUGUUCUUCCGCAAGUACGUGGCCAAGGGCCUCUGCGGGCAGUGCCCGGUCUCCCGGGGAGACGGCCCUGAGCGCAGCAGCUCCGUCUACACCCGGUCCACCGGGGAGCAGGAGGUGUCCUUGGGCCUGUGACGCGGCCUGAGGUGCGGAUGCCACUCGGCUUGUGUGCACAACUUGGGGGCCGGGAGCGGCUUUGAAAGAGGAAGUUACUGCCCCAGAGGGUGGGAGAUCCGCCCAUCCUUUGACACCUGCUCCAGUCUAGGGGAGCUUGGAAGCCCACGGACUCUAGAAAGCUGUGUCAAAAUCUCCUGACGAACUGGAGACCUGGUUUCCCUCUGCUUAUACCGAGUUAUUGGCAAACUCUUCCUUUAGAGCAGAAGUUCACUGUAAAAAUGUCCUCAGAGAAUUGUUGAUUCCUGCAUCCUCGGGAUCGAUGAUCUGAAAAGAAAUAGCAAAGCUCAUUGAGAAAUACUGCACAGGGCCUUACCCUGUAAAAGGCAAAUGCAUAGGUGGUAAACGUGCUUAAAAUAAGUCUUUGUGUCGCCGUGGAGGGAGAUAGAAAGUGAGUAGUUGAGAAACAGUGUAUUCUGGCUGUGACUACCCUCCAAGGUCUGGACAGCAGGCUGCACAGACUUCCAUGACCAGGCAGGCGUCCUGUGUCCUGGCAGGGCUGGGAACGCUUCUCAGGGCAAGGGGACUUGAGCUGGGUCCUCUCUCGGUGGAGGAGCGGAGCUGCGGGCCUCGGGUGGCUGCUCCCCAGGAGGGAGGACACAGGGCGAGGGAUGGGGCACAGGCAGCACUGCCCAGCAGAGUCAUGGCCAAAAGCGCAUCUCUUGGCCCCUGGGACAGGGGGAGGUGAGCGUGUGGAACAAGGAGACACAGCAAGGCCAGGGUGAGCACGGUCUCCGGGGUUCUGCACUUAGGAUGUGGAAUCGGCUCGACUUAGGCUGGAUUUGGUUGGAGGUGAGUGCCCCAGAGGAGGCAGCGAGAACAGAACCCCUGGGCUCCAUGCUGAUGGAAAAAGACCCAGGGGAGUUGUGAAACGUGGAAGGAGGAGGAGGUUUGGACCAGAAGAGAGGGCUUGGUGUGAGAGGAUGCGCUGGGGCGCAGCGGCACAGAGGGACUUGCGCAUCUGUCCCUUGUCCCCUCCACCCCGGCCCGGGGCUCCUCCCAGGAGGAGCUGAAACUAGAUUCGUGUGUGCAAGAGCCUGAGGUCUGGGGCACCGCAGAGCACCGUGAGCUGGAGGCCUGGAGUCCAGAACACCCCCCGGGGAGAAGAGGCCCCAGGGCAGAAAGAGCAGCACAGAGGACAGAGGCGCUGCGAGGGAGGACGGCAGGACCAGCUUCCUGGGUUCACCGGCCACCAGUCGAAGGGGGAAGUGACACGUUCAUUUGGAAACCAGUUGCCUUGAGCCACAAAAUCUACCCAGCUCCCUGUUUCCGGCGGGCGGAGAGCGGGGGCUCCGGGCAGCUUCUCCAGACGCCCUCUCUGACAAACGGCUCCCAAACACCAAGGGCUUUGUUCCCUUCGGGGAGACGCUGGCAGUGCGCUGUUGCUGCUGUCGGUGCAGCAGCGAUGAGUUUUCACCUUCGCCGCAGUGGUUUUUGAAUUCACAACUCAGAGCGGGAGAGGGAGGAUGAGUGAGAACAACACAAGGGCUGAGGUCCCCUUGGGGUUAAGGUGUCAGAGGUGUCGCGAAGACUUCUCAGGACCUGAAACUAGAGCGUCGCGCGGGGUGCGGCACCGGCAGGAAGUGGACAGGUGGGGGACUGUCGAGAGCGUGGAGGGCCUGGGACCCCCGCCCGGGUCGCCCCUAAGGCCAGCGGCGUCUCCAUGUGGACCUGUGUAUUCUGGUGUGCACAGGAAGUCACCAGUCCCUCGGAAAACACGUGCAUCUAAUAAA